CUUCUGAUUUUGAUUCGAUUAUUUUAGGAAAUUGUGAGGGUUUGAUGGUUAAGACGUUGGAAAAAGAUGCAACCUACGAAAUAGCAAAGAGAUCACACAAUUGGUUGAAAUUGAAGAAGGACUAUUUGGAAGGAGUAGGAGAUACUAUAGAUGUAGUUGUUAUUGGAGGGUAUAUUGGCAAAGGAAAACGUACUGGUCAUUACGGAGGAUUCUUAUUGGCCUGUUAUGACAACGACAAUGAGGAAUAUCAAAGCAUUUGUAAAAUCGGAACUGGAUUCAGUGAUGAGAACUUACAAACUCAUUCGGAGUAUUUCAAGAAUCAUGUUAUUUCACAGCCAAAAUCAUAUUACCGAUAUGAUAGUUCUUUAGAACCGGAUCACUGGUUUGAUGCAGUUCAGGUGUGGGAGAUAAAAUGUGCUGAUUUGUCGUUAUCUCCCAUUCAUAAGGCAGCAGUUGGAAUU